AUGGCGGAUGGCGGACAUUACUACAACGGUAAGUGAUGUGUUUACGAGUGCACUAACCUUAGAUCUAUCGUGCUACCUUUCCUCAGACCGAGGGAGCUUCAUGGUGAGGAGAGUGGUCAGGGACGCUGGUUUCUCAGUCUUUGGAGGUAAAGUUAUGUCUUAGCCUCCCUCGAGGUAUGGUUGUUGUUUUCUGGAAGUACAACACUCGACUUAAAUAAAGCCAUUUAGUUUUAUAAUAAUACCAGAAAACUGUGUUUAAUAGAUAUAUCAACAGAGUAAGUAUACAAGUUCGGACCUGUAUUGUUUUUGUAGAGUAUUUUAAAUGCUUGGUAAAACGAAUCUGUUCCCCACUUUAAAAAAAAUGAAUCUACUGAAGUCAACUUUUGUGAGACAGAGGUAAUUUAAGGUGAGUAGGAUUUGCUGUUAUUUUACAUAGGCAUCCUGGAAAUAGUCUGAAUCAUUUUUGUGUUAUUUCAACCAACCAUUGAAUAAAUGUUCUGCAGGAAUCCAUUUUUAGCAGAAAUUAUAUGUCUAGUUUUUAAGUUUACUUUUUUUAUGUGUGGGAUAAUAUUUUGAAAUAAAAGUCAAUAACUUUUGUACAUUUUUCCCAUUUUCAGAGCAUGAUGAUAGGACUGCUCCACAACAGUACCGCAACCGGAAAGGCAGAGGCGGCAACAAGGGUCAGUCAUAUGACAGGUCCCGCAGAGACCGUCGAGGAGGCCACCCUGGAGGUCCUGGACCACGGUCUAGGCUUGAUGAUGUUGAUGGAGAUGUAACCAUGAGUGACAACUCCCAAGACAGCAGCUCCCAGAACAGAUAGUAAGUGUGGCUGACUUUCCCAAGGCGAUGCAUCACGUGAAGCAUUAAGACAAUAGGGCAAAUGUGUCAUAAAAGAUGGCAAAUAGUCUAGUCAUUAAAGUUGAGGAGAAAAGAGCUUAAACUUUACUUUUUAUGAGAAAGGAAGAGAUGUAAAUGUGCCUCAAGAGAUUCUUUAACUAAAUGCUCAUGCAAUGACUAAUACUUACAGGAUUUGUUCGCUGCUUAGACUUUUAUGCACAAAAAGAAACUUUGCUGUAGUCUGUGGUUGCAUGAAACACAGCAUCCUGGUUCCUUUUGCGAGACUAUAAGUAUAUAGCAGAAAAUAUUCUCCUUAAACAACCUUAAAAUAUGUAUCGGUGGACAAUGACUUAAAAGUGACAGUUUUAUUUUUUGCCUUUUUUUGUGCGUGUGUGUGUUUUUCAGCAACCCAUAUGUAAUAAGACCUUUUCGGAAAGGAGACAGACGGUUUGACAGGCGACAAGGCAAAGGAGCCAACAGAGGAGGAGGAGGAAAUAACUUCAGAGGAGGGGACAGAGGUGGUGGUAGCAGUGGAGUGGGGAAAAACCGGUCAGGCUGGUAUAAAGUGACGGUACGUCUCAUCGAAGAAGAAGUAGAACUUUAUUGAUCCCUGAAGGGAAAUACAAUAUUCAGAUGUGGUGUGUUAUCUAGAUUUUGUAUCCUCUUUUGGAAGGCCAUAUUUUGCUUUCUUUACUGUUGACAGAUACCACAUGGGAGGAAAUAUGACAAGAAAUGGAUACUGUCAGCCAUUCAGAACAUCUGUUCAGUCACCUUCACACCUGUACAGGUGAGGUCCAGGCCUGUCCUAUUAUUCAAUCAAAACUUGUGUGAAUACCAGUGUAACAUUGUGUCAUUUAUUCAUAAAAUGAUGUAUCAAAAAAACUGAUAAUUUCUCUUCCUCUUUUUAUCCAGUUCCAUGUUGAUCAUAACCGUGCUCAUUUCUAUGUGGAUGAUUCCGCUGCUGCUAACGCUUUGCACAAGUGUUCACACAAAAUCACAGACACAGACGGCUAUAAGGUGUGUACUGAAAACAAUGAAAGACAUGACUUUUAUUUCCUCAGUUCAUAUUAUGGACUGAUGAAGAAUCUGGCAAACUGAUGAACGUAUUAUGCCAUCACGUGCAAACAAUGAAUGCAACCUGCAAGCAAUGGUAGUAAUAUUGUUUUUCUUUCUACAAGAUAAUUUAGGGAAAGGUUUCAAGUUCUAGUGAAGCAACCAUGGCCUCUUCACAGUAAACAACCAUUAAUCACACUUCAUUUGUUUAAGGUGGAAGUGCAUGUCAACCCCAGCAACCCGCCAUCCUUUCUUCUCGCCGACCUGAAGCCAGAACACUUGGAGCACCUGAAGGUUAACUAGAUGAAAUGAAUGUGAAAGGCUGUUGUAACAAUUCUGACAUUUACGGUCAGACUCUCAUGUUAAAUGUUUGUCUAUUACAGCAAUGCAUGGCAAAACGUUUUGAUGGCUCACAGCAAGCACUGGACUUGAACAACAUCCGAACUGACCCAGGUAAACAUGUCAGGGUUUCAAACUUGCCAACCUGCUUAGGGUUGUGGUGGUACAGGGUCUCAGAGUUAAACUAAGGCUGUGAAGAUAUUUAUUUUGCUGACUGCGUGAGGCUAAUGCAUAGCUACACCACCCCAGGUAUACCAUGAUAAUCUCUCAUACCAAUCUUUGACUCUAGACAGUGCCAUAUGCCAGUACAGUUGUUACUGCCAGAUCAGGCUCUUACAGGAGCUCAUAUAUGUAAAGAUAUCGUGAAUUCAGUGACAUCUAGAACUAUAUUUUUCCUAUACUGAAAAUAAAAAUAAAGUUAUUUCCUAGUUGAGCAAACUUGUUCUUUUUAUUAUGAUCCUUACUUGAAUUUUCUUGACAGACUUGGUAUCCCAGAACAUCGAAGUCAUCUUGAAUCGAAAGUCUAACAUGGAAGCUGUAAUCAAGAUCAUCCAAGAAAACAUUCCAGAGGUAAUUUCAAUGUCCUGUAUACUUUUGACAUUAUUUGGCCAUGUAGUAAUGUGAUAACCUGCCUGCAAACAGCAGCUGCGUUCCAAUUAAUGCUACUGAUCAAACAAUAUGCUUUUGUGACUUUUUCCAGUUGUCAAGCUUGAACCUGAGUAACAACCGAAUUCACAAAUUGGAUGAACUUACUGAGUUAGUAACCAAGGUGCCUCAUCUGAAGACCCUCAACCUCUCCCACAAUGAGGUGAAACUGACUGCUGAAUGGAUCUGCAGAAUAACAACUAAAUAAGAAUCUGAGCCGUUUAGUGAGAUCCCCUUCUCACACAAGUAAUCUUGUUUUGUUUGCUUGGUCGUCCAGCUGAAGUCUGAUCGAGAGCUGGACAAAGUUAAAGGCCUGAAACUGGUGGAGCUUUGGCUUAACAGGAACCCGCUGUGUGACUUCUUCAAGGAUCAGGCCGCUUACAUCAGGUCAGUCAGUGAUUUAGGGGGGUGACCAGUUUAUGCUGUGUGUCAUUUUGGCAGUUUAAAGUUUCCCAGGAGUCUUUGUAGCAGAAUUCUGUCUAAGAAGACGAAGGGAUUCCUGUUGUUUGCUGAUGUAAGAUGCCAGCACAUUAACUUAAAAAAAACCCUUCCACAGCAAUCAAAGAUGAGCUUUUGGACAAGCAGGAGCAGCUCUCAUGGUUACUCUGUGUACGUGUGGCACAAUUCAAUUUUGGAAAGAAACAAAUAGAUUUAUUUGUCGUAAUGCUAAGUCUCGUACUUUUCUUUUUUUUAUACAUGUUUUUUUCUGACUGGAUACUUCAUGUUCCCUUUUAACUCUGAACAAAACAAAUCUUAACAUUUCUUGCCUCUAAAAGUUGCUAAGGAUAUCAAAAUUGGCUGCAGUUCCCUGUUACCUUCAGCCCUCUGAGAUUCCUCCUCGUCUCUCUGACAGUUAGUAGUGAUCUCUGUGUUGCAUCCUUUCAUGCUUCUGUUCUGUAGUGUGGUUCACAGUGACUCUGUACCCAGCACUCCCCUGCUAAUAUCUUUAAAAGUUACUCCAUAACCUGCUGCAGAAUACCAUUACACUCCUGAAAACUAAUUCACAUACAUGCAGAAAUACAAAAUAAAAAUUGGAGUGUAAAGCCCAUUUUACAAAAGCAUUAGUAAAGGAGACAUUUAACAAGACAAACCCUCUACACAUUUUGUUGAACUGGUCUGGGAGAAGAAAAAAAAACUCUUGACUUGUAAACAAUCUCUUGAACUGCAAAUGUAUUUUUUAAUGAGAAGUGAACAAUCAACUUGUUGUCUUGGCAAAUGUUUGGAUGAAAUGCCGAAAACUCACAGCUAGUGACUUCCCCUCCCCUCAUAACACCCUUGCCCACUCGCCCCCCCUGUAUCAGGCCAGUAUGGAAGGCUGGAUAGCCUAUGACGGGUAAGAUCCCACCUCGAAACCCUGGGACAACCUAAGGCAGGCACAGUCACGAUUACUGGCCCCAGUCCCUGUGAGCUCCGACUCACAAUGAAAGCAAUGAGAAGGCAUCAAGAAGACGGGGCUCCACAGGACAAUUGUGGGCUGAGGAGGAGGGGACUAAGUGUCAUUAUCAGUGACCAAUGAUGAGCCAAAGAGAAAAAGCAAUCCAUCUCUUCCACUAAGUUGGUUCUGUUUGGCCUAAAACUGGCCUCUGCCAUUCAGGGAAUCACUUAAGGGUUUGGAAACUACCCUCGACUAACUUCUGAUGGCGUUAGUACUGGACUGAAAUCCGAAGUUCAGUUUGUGCCUGAAAUACGUCUAUUUAAAAAAAAGAAAGGAGAAAAAAAAAAGAGAGCACUUCUCGGCCAGUUUGUGAUGGCUGUGACCAGUACAUAGAAGCUUGCACUUUACAUGGAGGGCCAAAUAAAGGGUUUUACAUUGUAGCCACUUAACCUUUAAUUCUUGGGCUCCUCUGUAACCAGGGUUUGGGUCCGAACCAAAUUUAACGACUUAAAGCCAAUAGCGUUAAGACCAGUUACUACCUGUGCCUGAAGACCUGUCUCCUCAGAACUAAUGGUAGCUUUAAGACACUUCAUGGAUAACUGGUUUGGCAUUGCAGCAGGGGAAGGCUUUAGGAUGUGUGGUGGGACUGCUGGGUCUAGCUCACUGUGGAACCUGCUUUCUGUUUUUGUUUGACACUCUUCUCGAGCGGAGAUCUUCCCUGAAAAUCAAGGCUGCAGACACCUACAGUUUCUUACAUGAUGACUAGGGAUUGGCAUCCUUUCUGAAUACUAGAUCACGUGUCCGAGUGUUUGUGUGAGUUUUACUUAAUUUUUUCUUUUUACCCAGACCCAGUUUUGUGUUUUGGUGACAUGGAUUCAUCUGUUUUCCAGCAUCUUGGCGAGAGUUUGAGUGGGAGUUUACACAUGACUGGCGGUAACCCCCUCUCUCCCAGCACUGUAUACCGCCUUUUGUUUUACAAAUUGAAAAUAAUCUUUUUCCAGUGAGGCCUGCUAGAACUCGGGUUCUAUGUGUUUGUGUGUGUGCACUUAGAAAAGUGUGUUAUGUUGCCCCCCUGUGUCAGAUCUGUGUGUAGCUCCAAAAUGGGGAGAGGGUGAGUAUACCUGCUGGUAAGUACAUUUUGGAGAAGAAGAAGAAGAAGAAGAAGCGUUACAGUGCCCAACUUAAAACUUGUGAAAGGAACAAGAGUUUUGAUGAUGUUUAAUCUGAGUAUCUACAACUAUCCAGGAUGACAGCUCUGUACUUUUGGCUUUAGGGGCUCACCAUGUUCAUGUGAUUAACUUCCUUGUCUUAGAUGUAAUCAAAAUGUUAACUAUCAAAUAUGUGGCCUGACUGAUGAAGCCAACAUCCAUUAGUGAUGGUUUGCAAUCAUCAAGGUAUUAUACAUCUGAUGAUGAAUAGAGUUGAAUCAGCUUUUUUCAAGGUGGUCUGAAGGAAUCAACCACAAAGCCCUCUACCUUUUAUAAUGUUGUAAUUGAAAGCCCACCAUGUUAUCCAGCCCAAAGGAUGUCUAGCAAAUGUCCCUGUAUUGGAAUCCUUCAGCCCUACAUGAACACCCCUAUUCCAGCCUAAGUUGGUUAUGUUUACCUGUAAUCCUGAAAUCAGGUUGAUUAACUCUAACAAAUCUCUCCACUGUCUUUUCAAAAGAGGUUAAGUAAAACUCACUGACUCAUCAAUGGAACUAGCAGACUGUAGUUGCACUGACCUUUGUUUCUGUCUCUCUUCUUUGCUGCCAUCACAGUUACUGUGGUGUUUGUUCAUUAUGAGACUUGGUGUGUUAAGUUAACUGCGUUUUCUGAUGUUUCUCUGCUAAUACUCUUUUUACAAAAGCUCAGCUAAACACAAAAGCAGCUCUUCCCUCCAACAAACUUUUUUCCAUCCAUCUAAAUGUUUCACUUGGACACUGAUAUAUUUGAAGUUUGAAGGCACCACACGAUUCCAAACAAAAGUCCUCGAAGCAUGAGAUGAGAGUUAGCGGGUCAGCAGCUGUGACUGCCUUUGGUACCUAGAGUAUUGAAUGUGAACAAUCUGCCAAAUGCAAGUUGGUGGGUGAUAAUAACCUUCUUGCUCUUGAUGUUUGUUUUCUGUACCAGUGCUGUGCGGCAGAGGUUUCCCCGGCUUCUCAAACUGGUAAGUCCUCUUCUCAUGUUUAAGUUCUGAGACACUGGUCCACGUAACAACAUAUUUCAAAUAAAAAAACCCUACAUGAAAAUGUUUUUAAUGAAAUAUUCGAUUUUUAAGAACCUGUUCUCACAUAGUUUCUCAAGAUUCUAGCUUUUGAGACACAUUUUAGUGUGGGCAUCCUGGCAUAGUGUUUUUGCAAGUUGUAAGGAGAAGUGCAGACCCAGAGUAUCUUUUUCAGUUUACAUAAAAAGAGAGACUUGACUAUUUGAAUUCCAGAUUUUAGUGAAUACUUAGUUACAAAAAACGAUAAUAUCCAUAAGGAAAAUAGAUACAAAGCAGUUGAAGUUCAUCAGUAACAAUAUCCGUCUGUCCUUUUGUUUCUGUCUUUCUUCAGGAUGGACAUGACCUCCCUCCUCCCAUUGGCUUUGAUGUUGAAACUCCCACCACUAUCCCCCCCUGCAAGGUCACCUGUUGUUUAUUUUUCAUCUUACAGUUUUCUUUUUUUCCCCCCAAUGUAGUGUAUUUUCUCUGGAACCUAAUCAUUUUCUUUAUUCCUUAAAUUAUUUCACCUUUUGGUUUGAACACUUACUCUUACGCCUUCAGGUGAAGGUUUCCUUACAACCGUCAUCUUGUUUCCUGACAUAUGAUCUUUUCUUGCUGAUGCAGGGCAGCUGUUUUGGCUCUGAUGAAAUCAAGGCUCUCAUCCUUCGGUUCUUGCAACAGUGAGUGUUUAGCUUUUCUGUAAAUAUUUUUCACACAGCCUUUUGUUUCACCAGUGGGUUAACAAUGUUAAAAUGAAGAAAUAUAAUGUAACCCAGAGUUGCUUAUUACCCUGUUUGACUUUUUGUGAAACUCGUAGAGCAUUAAUAGAUGAUUGUGUUGCAGGUACUACAGUAUAUACGACUCAGGGGACAGACAGCCACUCCUUGAUGCUUACCAUGAUGGAGCAUCACUGUCCCUCACAACACCGUACUCCACCCAGAACCCUUCAAGGUGAGAACACACAGAAUCACAUGUAAUGCAAGAAAUGCCUGACAAACACUUAGAGUUGUUAAUGUAAUAGAUAUUCACUGCCCUGUUCCUUGAACCUACUCCUGCCUACCUGAGUCUCUGCUGUAUUCAUAUUGAUUUCACCUCUUUUGUGGUUGUAGAAGCAGUCUGGGAGAAUACUACAAAGACACCCGAAACCUGAAAAGGAUCAAAGACUCGAGUAAGUGUUCAUCACAAGCUGUUAACAGGUCAUAACGACAAAAAGUUAGCGUGACGUUAAUAAUGCUGUGUGAUGUCUGCAACGAGAGUCUUCAAACAUGAUCUUUCUUCCUUUAGCGAUGCGGUUUCGGCUUCUGAAACACACACGACUGAAUGUGGUGGCCUUCCUUAACGAGCUGCCCAAAACUCAGCACGACAUUGCAUCCUUUACGGUUGAUGUGAACACCUACACAGUGAGUCCAUUUUAGCUCUGGCACCCCGCUCUGUUGAAAAGCUGUUAGGUCACUGAAUUAUGUCCCCAUAGUAACGUUCAAUUGUGUGUUUUUCAUUUCCAGAACACACUACUGUCAUUUACAGUCAGUGGAGUCUUCAAAGAAGGUGAGGCCAUCGUGAUUUUUAAACUUUCUUCGACUGCAAAGCUAAAGUGGGAUCAAUCUGUCACUAAUUUGUCUCUUCUUUGUGUUUAGUUGUUGUUGAUGGGAAAUCUCGUGAGUCUACCAUGGCCUUCUCUCGGGUCUUCAUCACAGUCCCAGCAGGUGGUUCAGGGUAAGUCAAGGAAACACCCAGUGGUAUUCAUGAUCUUCUUGUCGUCCUUGAUGUUUUCUCUGAGGAUGGGGAAUAGCAAACAAGAACAGUGAUUAAAAAGAAAGUGGAUACCAACACCGUUGUUUUCUCAGCUUUCACAAGUGUAUAUCACUGUUCAUGAAGGAAAAAUUACUGAAAUACAAUAUAGCAGCUGAAUUUCUACACUUUCUGGUUUUGUGACUGUAUACCUUAUUUUCACAUUGGUUUAGAAUAAAAACCCUUAAGUGUUAGCCGAAGUAGAUGUAGAACAAGUUUUGACACAGCCAAUGAAGACGAGGGCAGAAGAGCAGCAGGUCUCACAAGAUUCAGGGACUCUCAACUGCCACAUCAAAUUUCCAUCUUAUUGAACACACAGUGACACAUUUUAUCCUGGACAUUAGUUUGUUGAUCAAGCAGCUAAACAAACAUUCACUCAGGAAAAGUCGUCGGCUCAUUUUAUUUGUCCAGCUCAAGGUUAAUGCUGCAUCAGUAUGUCAUACAGCAAGUUAACGUGCUUUCACUGGCCUUAGAUGACUGUGCUGUCUUUAAAUGACAUGGAAGCUACUGUGAAGAUGAACAGUUUUAAUGUACUUCGUUUUUUCUACUGUUCCUGAUUGACACAGGAACAAAAUAUAUGCUCUAUUUACCAGUUUCAUAGCUCUGCCAAUGCAGUGUAAUAUGACUCAAUGUCUCAAAUCUCAACUAUUUGUCUGGCAGACCUAAAGAUCAAUUGUUCAAACAAGCCCGGAGAACAAGACUAAGUUUUUGCUGAUAAUUUCAAAUAGUGAAACAGUCUUUCUCACCACUGCGUUCCUGCUGUGUGACAGUUUGUGCAUUGUGAACGACCAGCUGUUCAUCCGCAUGGCCACCACAGAAGAGAUUCGCCGAGCAUUUGUCGCUCCUGCUCCAACUCCAUCUUCCAGCCCUGUCCCCACUCUCACCGCACAGCAGCAGGAGAUGCUCACAGCCUUCUCAGUGGAAUCUGGCAUGAACCUGGAAUGGUCCCAAAAGUGAGUAUUUUUUUAUGAAUGUGUCAGGUCGGUAAUGGUAAUAUGUUUUUCAAAUACAUUGACCCUAUUUGUGUUUUUCAGGUGUCUGCAAGACAAUGAGUGGGAUUUUAACACAGCGGCACAAGUUUUCACCCAGUUAAAGGUAAAAUGAUUUACUUUUGCUCCCUGAAGCUUUGUAAAGGUUUUCUCACUUUAACCGUGGGGUCCUUGACAUUUGUAUUUCUGUUUUCUUGUAUUCUGUUUUCAGACGGAGGGCAAGAUCCCGGAUGUGGCAUUCAUCAAAUGA